AUGGAAUUCGUGAGAGUUAAGAAAUUUUUUCAUAAUGAUUUCAAUGUGAAAAAAUCUAAAUUUAAAGAUGAAACUAUAUUGAGCUUGACUUGCUAUUACUUUUCAAGAGAAGAUCAGAUUAUUUCUGUAGGAUUAACUAAUGGAAAAAUUUUAGAAUUUCAUAAAAAAGGAUUUGAUACCAAAUUUGUGACAGAAAAAAAAGAGUAUGAAAUAGUAGAGUACGAAUAGGUUUAAAAUUGCCAUAAGGGUGAAGUGAAAUGCAUAAUUUCUUAUAAACUGUUUAAUAAUAGAUAUAUAUUAACAGGUAGUGUUGACAGAACAGUAAAAAUAUGGGAUACAGAUCCUAAAAAAAAGGCUAUAGUGUAAACGUUAGUAGGACAUUAAGGAACUAUUAUAGCUAUUGAAUAUUCAAAGAAAAAUGAAACUUUAUUUACAGCCUCAAAUGAUAAAACUUUUAAAAUUUGGAAAUAAGAAGAAGGCAGAGAGUUAUUUUAUCACCCUUGGUUUGUUUGCUAUUAAGUAAUAUUUGAUUUUUCUAUGAAAAAAAUGACAAACAAUAGUACUUAUAUCUCUUGUAUACACUGCAAAGAUGGUGAAAAUCUUCAAUUAUAUGCUGGAGAUACUGAAGGAUCUCUCCAUAUGAUUAGACCAGAAUCACUUAAGAAAAAUAGUGUUUACAUUCUUGAAAAAUCAAAUUAUAAUUAUCACCGCUUGCAUGUAAUACAAGUAAUAUCUGUAGCUAAAGAUAAUCAACUCUUUAGUAUUGGAUAUGACUAAAAAAUUUACGGAUUCGAAGAGCUAGCUGGUAAAUAGUUUUUUAAUUACAAGAAUCCUCACAAAUGCUUAUUUACAAGUAUUUGUUGGAAUACAAGCCAUUCUGAAUUAAUUGCUGCAGAUGAAUAGGGAAGAGUUUAUUUUAUCAAUGUUCAUACUGACAAAGCAAUUUAAGAAUUUGCUUUAUACCAAUAAAAGAUACUGAAAAUAGAAAUAAUCGAGCAUUCUUAGUCUCUUAUGAUAGCGACAUCUAAUUUUAUUGAUAUUCUCAGAAUAAAAAGAGGAUUAAAAGCAGGUAAUGUAUCUGAGGCUCAUACUGGACCAAUUAUCGAUCUUUAUGCUCUUAUACCUUUCAAAUUAACAUAAAAAAAAUAUAAAGAAAGCCCCAAACUAAUUAGUGCCAGUUUAGACAAUACGAUAAGAGUUUGGGAUCCUAAAGAUAUGCAAUGCUAAAAUCUUCUGGAGAACCCUGAUAAACAUGAAAUAAGUUGCUUGAGUUAUUUAUCUUAAGCAAAUUUAUUCGUAACUGGUCAUGAAAAUGGAGAUAUAAAGCUUUGGAAUAUCGAAUUAAAUAAUUACUUGACAUUAGAUUAGUAGCCUCCUCAUAAGCAUAAAGAUUCAAUUUAGUGCUUUACUUCUUAUGUCUAAGUAGAGCAAAAAGGCUAGCAGGUGGAAAAAACUGAAUAUCUUUUCUCAUCUGGCUACGAUGGAAAGAUUAAUGUUUGGGAAAUUUUUGAAAAAAAGAGUUUUGUUCAGAAUUCAAUUAUGGGGUCAACAAUAUGUCCUCAGCUAAAAUAUUCAAUACAAGUAGAUCCAUUUAUAGAGCAUAGACCAGGAAAAUUUGAGAUUUUGUGUAUGGCUUUUGACACAAAAGAAGAAAACAUAAUAGCUGGAGGUAAUAGUGGUCAUUUAUAUUAUAUAAGAAUGUUUACUUAUGAAACAAAGCAUAUAGAAACUUAUGCUCAUUCAGAUAGCAUAAAUGUACUAGUUGUAGAAGAAAGAAUUCUUUUUAGUGGUUCUGAUGAAAAAGUUAUUAAACUUUGGGAUUUAGACUCAAAAUAACAUCUUAACACACUUGACCACUUCAAUCAUAAUAUCAAAGAUAUGCUUAUAAUUUAAGAAACAGGUCAUUUAGUCAGUUGCUCUUUUGAUGGAAAAAUUUUUGUUUGGGACUAUCCACAUUCAUCUUGUGUUGGGAAAUUCGAUAAAACUGAAAAUCUCAGGUGCAUAACUUAUGUCUAUGAUGAAAAAGAAAUGAAUAACAGUGGAAUUAUAAAGAAGGAGCUCACAUUAUAUGUAGGAACUGAUGAUAAUAAUAUAUACUCGUUCUAGCUAGAUCAUUUGCUAGACUCUAAAAUUAUUUCCGAUUAAGAUAAUAUCAGAGAUCUGUUUAAAAAGCUUGAAAAUAAUCUAGAAAAAACAGAUAAAGCACAAGAAAAAGACAAGAGAAAUCAAACAGAGCAAGAGAUUGUUGAUAAUAUUGUUGAAUAACAAAGAAAAUUGUUAAAAGAAUUAUAAAAAGAUGACUGA